UAGGACACAUGCCGCCAAAUAUAAUUUUGCGCUACUUUGAUUAGUGUGGUCACCGUUUUUCUGCGUCAUGACAACGAAGUAUGACAGAGCAAUUACAAUAUUUUCUCCUGAUGGUCAUCUUUUCCAAGUAGAAUACGCUCAAGAGGCAGUUAAGAAAGGUUCAACUGCAAUUGGUGUCAGAGGAAAAAACUGUGUUGUGUUGUGUGUCGAAAAGAAGGCAACAACUAGGCUACAGAAUGACAGAACCGUUAGAAAAAUAGCUCUUGUGGAUGAUCACGUUGCAGUGGCCUUUGCAGGACUCACUGCUGACGCUCGGAUUUUGAUAAGUAGAAUUAGAGUGGAGUGCAAAAGUUACAAAUUGACCGUUGAGGAUCCCGUCUCUUUGGAAUAUAUUUCCAGAUACAUGGCCCAAUUAAAGCAAAAAUACACUCAGAGUAAUGGUCGUCGUCCUUUUGGCGUAUCGACUUUAAUAUGUGGAUUCAACCAAGAUGGCACACCACAUUUGUACCAGACCGACCCUUCUGGGACUCAUUUCGAGUGGUUGGCCAACGCCAUCGGUAAAAAUGCGAAAGUAGCGCGUGAAUUCUUGGAAAAGAAUUACACUGAAGAGGCUGUAUCAGAUGAAUAUGGAACUGUGAAGCUUGCAGUCAAAGCCCUUAUGGAAGUAGUUCAAUCAGGUGCCAAACACAUGGAGUUGGCUGUAAUGAGAUGGAAAGCACCGACAAAGCCUGGGGAUUCUUUUGUCGACUGGCAAAUGCUGGAGUAUGCUGAUAUCCAAAAGUAUGUUCAAGCCAUCGAAAAAGAGCGAGAAGAAGAGGCAGAGAGAAAACGUCAGAAAAAAGAAGCAGCCGCAGCAUUGUAACUUAUAACCGGUUAUUAAGAAAAAAAGGUGUACAAUUGUAAUUUUCAUGUUUUAUGCACACAUAGAGAAAAUAUGUUUGAUUUUACUAUA